AUGGGCUCCAACACUUCUACCACCAUGGAUUUGAAAACAUUAAGGCCGCCCGAUGAAACCUCCAAAGACUCAGCACCGACGACUGGCAACUCGAGUUUUUACAAGGGAAAUGGCCAUCAUGCGUCGUUGUCCUCUCGUAAUGCCAGCAUCGUUUCGGGAAUGGGCAGCACCACUACAACUGUUGCCUCUUCUUUCAAUUCCCGGAACUUGAAAGGAAGCGUCUCUCCACAUCUUCCUUCCAGCGCCAAUAACAUGUUGGUCAUUACUACAGAUUCAGCCUCAAUGCACCACUCAAGUAGCCCCAAUAUUCAAACCUCUUCUGCAUUACAUUAUAAUCAUAGUAAUAUCCAUGAUGUUCAAAGCCCGACGAGCAUCGAGGAUGAUACCACUGAUAGCAGUGAUGAGGAUUGUGAAUAUCAUCAUCAUGGCUUUUCAGAUUCGAGUACGACCGAGUCAUUAAGGCAUGAUCAUCAUUCAUCAUGCUCACAUCAUCAAGUAUAUUCUGUUUUGAAGGAAGAAGAACUUGACCAAGAUUGGUCAGGGCAUCAUCACUCCACAACAACAUCACUACUCUCUGCUUCGAGAUCCUUCCUCUUGCAGAAACGAUUGAGUCAUCAUCAAAUUCAACCACAAUUAGUACAAGCAACUUCGGACACUGAAUAUUUUUCCCAACAACCUCCUACUUCAAGGCUAAGUAAUGGCUUGAUAGAUAUUCAAGAGAGCGUCAUUGUUUUGAAUAAGAGAAGUUGUGGAUCUCUUAAACACAUGAAAAGCACUAGUAGUCUAUUGGGGUCAUUGAGCACAAAAACAAAUAGUAUCCAUUCUCAUGAUUCUUCACAUCAACUCUCUUCUCAGAACUGCCACCAUGCAAACAUUUCAAGUUUAAAUUCUAGAAUGGAGAGGCGAAAGUCCACGACUGACAUUUCGCCAAACAAUCAGAAUGGUGUCACAAGCAAAAUUAAACCCAUGUUGCAUUCGAGUGCAUUGGAAGAUACGAUUGUGAUAAAUUGCAAUGAGAGAUCUGUAAAGAGAAAUAGAUCCCCCUCGCCUUUAUCUUUCAACCAAAGUUUCCUGUAA